AUGGCACUCGUCAACACCCCCUACGCGCUCACCCUUCUCUCCGAGUACACACACACCCUCGACUCGCUCCCCCUCGACCUCUCCAGAAACUUCGCCGACCUACGCGAGCUCGACGCCGUCCUCUCCUCCUCCAUCCUCUCCAUCACGACAAAGAUCCACAACCUCACCACCAUGAUCGAGGAGGACACUGCUUCAAAGGAGGACCGUCUCUGGCUUCUCACAGAGAUAGCAGAGGAUGCCCAACGUUUGAAGCUCGGCGGCGAGGACAAGAUUCGCGUGGCCUGCCAGGCCGCCGACAACCUCAAGGGACAUUCGAGCCACCUCCGAGCCCUCUCAGAGCACAUUCCUGGCUUUGACGCAUCCGUCCUCAACAGGACGACCAUAUACCCACAUGUAUCCGAACGCGCGUACAUGCCCGCGAUGACGAUGGAGACUGGGAGGCGGAGGAGGGGUGGCUACGGAUCGCUGCUUGUUGCGAACAAUCCCGAUCCCAGCCCAGCGAAGAGGAAGCGAGUGGUCAAAGAUGACGAUAUUGACGUUGGCACUGGAAGGUCGCCAAAGAAGCCCGCUGGUGGAGAGGGCAAUCCCAGAGCACGCAACAACGGCAGAGCAAAAAAGAACGAGCGAGCCGUGUCCCCAUCCGAGUCCCUUGUCUCCGUUACCUCCCACCUCCCACCACAAAUUGGACCCUCCAUAUCUGCUCGUGGAGGGACCCACGGCCGAGCCGGCAACGGGGUAGGGAACAACAAACGUGCCCGCGCUGGAGCGAACAAUACCAACCGCAAUCCCACCCCGCUCGCCAACGAAGCCUACUCCGGAAACCACGAUUCACGUCGCGGGACUGUCGCUGACAAUUUCCCUCCCUCCACCUCUCAUCCCUCACUGCCACUUCCGUAUCAGAACGGCCACGCUAAUGGGGCCCAUACUAAUGGGUAUGAUGCCCAUGGUCUACAACAUAUACCUGGAGCCCAAAACUGGGCCAUCCCGCCCGCACAACAGCUCGAAGGUCCCGGCAUGCCUCCUGCGCGGGGCACCCCUAUUCACGCAAACGCAGCCAACAUCGCCGCCGUCGCCAAUAACACAGUCGACGCGACUGAUGCUGGGGACGGCGAUGGCGAUGGCGACGACAGGACGUACUGCUUCUGCGAUGGCGUAAGUUAUGGAGAAAUGAUUGCUUGCGAUGAUGAUCACUGUGAAAGGGAAUGGUUCCAUCUUGGCUGCAUUGGGCUGGAGGCACCUCCUGACGGUACUUGGUACUGCGACGCGUGCAAAGGCAAGAGGACAACGAAGAGAACGGCACGAGGUGGAAAGCGAAGAGCAGGAGGGAACAGAGCAGGUGCAAAGAGUUAA